UCAGCCAAUCAGCGCCUCUGUUGUGUGGCUUCCCAUUCGACGAUAAACACUACGACCUGACCGCAGCAGGAGCUCUCAGAUCAACGUGAUCGAGGGCCGAGCCGUGUUGUCCCACUGUCGGGUGUUAUUAUUACUGCAACAUCGGGAUUAUUCACCAACAUUAGAGAGGCAACAGUAUGAUGAAGUAUUAACAACAGGAGGAGACGCAAACCAACCGCUCUGACGUCGACCUCUAGCACCGGAAACACCGUUAGCUUUGGGCUGCUAACGCUCAGCUAGCUUAGUUAGCUGUUACAGACACCUCGUUUCUCUCCACGACAACUGACCUCCACCACAACACAGCAAAGCACAGGCGUGUCGGGUAUCAUCUGCUGUGCGAGGUUGGGGUCGUUAUCCUCCCUGUAGCUUCACGCCUUCUCUCGAAUAUGAUCCAUAAUGAGUCAAAGAGACACCUUGGUUCAUCUGUUUGCUGGAGGAUGUGGGGGCACGGUCGGAGCCAUAUUGACUUGUCCACUGGAAGUCGUGAAGACCCGUCUGCAGUCGUCCUCCAUCACCCUCUAUGUGUCUGAGGUUCAGCUCAGUACGGUCAACGGGGCCAGUGUGGCCCGCAUGUCCCCGCCGGGCCCGCUGCACUGCCUCAAGUUGAUAUUAGAGAAAGAAGGACCUCGCUCUCUCUUCAGGGGUUUGGGGCCAAACUUGGUGGGAGUGGCACCUUCCAGAGCAAUCUACUUUGCCGCCUACUCCUACGCCAAAGAGAAACUGAACGGUGUGUUGGAACCCGACUCCACACAGGUACACAUGGUGUCGGCUGGAAUGGCAGGUUUUACAGCCAUCACAGCAACCAAUCCAAUAUGGCUCAUAAAGACCCGUCUGCAGCUGGAUGCGAGGAAUCGAGGCGAGCGAAGGAUGAAUGCGUUUGAGUGCGUGCGGCGGGUGUAUCAGACGGACGGCCUGCGAGGCUUCUACAGGGGCAUGUCGGCAUCCUACGCCGGCAUCUCAGAGACUGUGAUCCACUUUGUGAUCUAUGAAAACAUCAAACGGCGCCUCAUGGAGGCCAAAGCACCGCAGAACAUGGACGAGGAAGAGGAGACGUCCAAAAAUGCUUCAGACUUUAUUGGGAUGAUGCUCGCUGCUGCAACCUCCAAGACCUGUGCCACCACUAUCGCUUAUCCUCAUGAAGUGAUCCGCACCAGGCUACGCGAGGAGGGCACCAAGUAUAAGUCCUUCUUCCAGACUCUAACAACAGUGCCCAAAGAGGAGGGCUACCGCGCCCUCUACCGCGGCCUCACCACCCACCUGGUACGACAGAUCCCCAACACCGCCAUCAUGAUGUGCACCUACGAGCUGGUGGUCUACCUCCUGAACCGUUAACGUCUUCCCUCACCCACGUAGACAGUAUAUGUAACCCUGUCCCUGUUCGGAGAAUGAGAGCCAACUGCACACCAGCCAGCACAACAGCCCGCUCGCCAGAAGAGGACAGAGACGACACCGUGACCUUUUGUCUCAGUGACGCGAGCGGUUGUUAAAAAUAAGUUGGGAGUUUUGUUUUAUAACCAGAGGGUCUGGCACAGGGAGGAGACGUUCCUCACAUUGGUUUGGGGAUCUAUGUUUAGUAGUGGCAUUGAAAUGGUUGCCCUAUUUUAUUUUAAUUCUCCCUUCGGUUAUAUGCGUUGCUUCUGGGAGCUCAGAUUCAGAGCGCUGAAGAACGAGUUACAGUAUAUUCUGCCUCUAACAGUACUAAUAAUGAAAGAGAAGGACAGUAAUUCCCAUCCUUACUACCUAGUGGAUAUAAGACCCCCUCCAGCAGCUGGCUUUGCCGUCAUGCUGAUGAUCAGUUUUUAAAAUAUUUUAUUAGUAUCAUGCAGUAUUCCCUGCAUCCGUCAGUCAGAGUACCACCAGAGGACCAGAAUACAACGAUGCCAGACUCGGUGAUGAGUAUCUGACGGGGAGCUCUCAAGUUAGCGAAGAAGUGCUUGAGGCUUGUUGAGGUAGAAUAAACGGAGGGGAAAGGUGGAUGGGAGACGUGCCUUGUGUGAAAAUGUGAUGUAGACUGAGAUGCACAAUGGCUGUUAUGAUGUGUUCGCACCAAGAGCGAAGCAAACCUUUUUGCGCGGCGCAGUUAAAUACAAAGUCAAUGCAAAGAGGCGAAUAGACGCAAAUUAGCGCCAGGUGACGCGAAUGAUGCGACGCGAACACGCGUCAUUAGCAGGAGUUCAAAUAUUGCAACUCGAGCGAGAACUUCGCCUGAAGCCUAUCAACGUUGAGAUGCUCCUCCUGUCGUCCUGACGUUAUUGAAUCAGAAAUGGAGGAAAAAAAUAUUGUAACUGUCUGUGGACACCCAGAGCUACGAUAUUACAUCAUAUUUGUACAGAGACCGGGCGAAAGUCUGUGUAUAAAUGUAUGCGUAUAAACCACAGACAGAAAUUGAUGGUGCAGCUGUAAAGCCCGGCACUGAUUGAUCCGAACUCCAUUCAGAAAACAAGCAUUUUAAAGUUGUUUGCUUGUUGUCUUGCGGACAGACUUGACGAAGCAUGAAUUCAGACUUUUUACAAAUCGGCAUCAUUAUUUUGUUAUUUCGGCAUCAUUUUGAUCCAUUUAUUGCAAUUAAAUCACAGCACAGUCUGUUUAUUUUGGGUUCAUAGCACAGUAGCAACGUGUGGCUUGUUAGAUACAGUCAGUGCAAUGUCACUGUAUGUGAAUACAGCUCGCCACCGGGUGACGUUAUGAACCCAGACACGGCGGCGUUUUAAUUUCUGACAUAUCUGGGACUUCCACAACCUGUACAAAGCAGCAACAGUGGCUAUUUCUAUCAUGGUUGAUGGAGGAAAUGGCGGAAAGAAAGGUUGUUGCUAUCUAUGGAGACAAGACGCUCCAACUGAAGCAAGGCAAAAUUUCGCUUGGCUCUUGGUGUGAACACAGCUAAAGAGGAGAUGGAGCUCUGGUUGACCCGUCACAAUAAAGGUCAUAGAGAUGUAGAGUCGUACACUGGUAUUGUGUGAUUACAGAUGCCCCUUAGUUAACCUUUUACACAUCGUAAACGUAGACAUACUCAGCAUCCCAAAUACUGGUCGCGAACUCCUCACAAUGCAAGAAUUGACAUGCAUUUACAGCUCGUUACACUAAAUACCUUCACGGUUGAUAUCUGCUUGACAUCGACCUCUGAACCUGUUUGUGUUUGUGUUAACCGCGUGUGGAAGAAGACUAAUCACUAAGGCUAGAUGGAGGGUAAAAAGUCCCCAAACUAAACCAGAAUAUAAUCACCGUUCUAACAAGAGGAAUAACUUCACUAAAGGCAAGGGAGUAAGACACUGACCAUGUUGUUAAAUUAAAAAUAAAUAUGAUUAACAAAUAGAAAGCGAUAUAAAAUUCCUACCUAACGUGAUUGUGUUGCAUUUUUCUGCUCAGAAAUGGCAUUUGGAGGAGAGAUUAACCUGUUAGUUGUUACCUUACAGCACUUUUUCAAUGUCUCUCUCUAGAAUACUCAUCUCACAUUGUUUGUUUUCCCUCAGUUGGAGAAUCCAGGCUAGUUUUACAGGCGAGGACAAUCCUCUUGAGUUUAACUUGUUAAACUUGUUGUACAGUUUAAACAGUGUGUGAGGAGGAAGUGGCCAGGAAUAUGCUCUUCAUAAGCGCACAUUAAUUCAAUGCAGACCAGUAUGAAAAAAAACAGUUCGGUAACUAUUUUGUUGAUACCCUCUCCCUUAUUCAGUUGUUGUUUGAUGAACUGCAUUACAGUUUAAAACAUGAAACAGCUC